CAUCAUUAUUGCAUAGAGUAGAUAACCAUUGGAAGAUAAAUUUGGCAACAAUGUGUGUUAUACAGAUAUGCCCCAUUAAUCAACUUCCUGUUUCGAUCUGUACAGUAUGUGGAUGCACCUGUUGAUUCUCCUUUUAAAUCUAGAAACGUUAACUUCUAGUAUUUUGUUUGAGUACCGAUUGCGAUGUCCGGAUACCGCGGAGAAAUGGAGACAGAACUCAGAAAAAUAUGUCUGUCAUGGCGACAAGGUGUAUCACUGCAUGCAGGACCAAGAUGGCCGUUACGUAGUUUUCUGUGCAUCCCCUUUUUGGAUUCAACCAGAUUAUUGUCCAGAAUUUAACGUGAAAUCUUCCCAAAUUGAAGUCAUAUUGUGUCCAGGAGAAACAGAAAAAUGUCCAGACAGUGAUUAUCUAUCCAACACUGUAUAUCAAUAUCCAAGCUGUUUUCGGACUGUGAGCAGGUCUACUACACCCACUCCAGUUUCUGAUAACGGAACAAUAACAAGAGUAACAAAGCUGAGAUACACUACCACGGGGCAAAGUAAUUCGGGUAAUGAAGAAAAAAGAGAUUUUACGGUUUCGAGUGGUGUUAUUUUGGGGAUAGUCUCUGGAAUAAUUCUACCGAUACUUGUUUUCCACCUUUUAAUCAUCUUCAUCCUGAGAAGGAAAAGACAGAAAACAUAUAAGAAAGAAAAUAAAUCGUGUGUAAAUUAUUCAAAACCAGACUAUUUGAAAAAAGAAGAAACUGAAAUUUCAGAUUCAGAGACAACCCCAUGUUUAGAAGAUUCAACUAAGGGUACUGAUGAAGAACCGAGAAAAGAAGAAACAUUUGUUGUUCCGAGAUUAUACGAAGAUGCAGUUAAAAUAUUAAGGGAUAAGGGGUUUUUAAUUAUUGUUGGUGGAUCAGGAAGUGGUAAGACUACAUUGGCAAAUCAUAUACUGAAGGAAAAAUUCAAGGGCUCUCAUGUACUUCAUAUGAAACCAAAACAGACAACAAUACCUGAAAUCAAGAGUGACAGGGAUGUAAUUGUUGUAUGGGAUGAUUGCUUUGGAAUAUGGAAGGAUUGUGAAUUAGAGGAAAAUGUUAAGACUAACGUAAGAAAUACAAUAAUCAGUUUGAUUGAUAGAUGUAAAGACGGGAAAAAUCACAAAGCCAUAUUUUGUAUCGAUUUAUCCUUUGAUGAAAAAUUUUUUAUUGACAAAUUUGAAAAGAACAUUGUCAAUCUUUCCGAAAACUACGAAAGUUGUUUUGAAAGAGAUCGUUUUAAAAGCAUGUUUAACAGAGGAAUAUACAUUGGACACAUUUCUAGGGACGUAGGAUUUCCUCUUUUAGUUAAAUUGAUUGUUGAACAUCAUAUUCCGAACGAACAAACCGAAGAUUUCGUGAAAAUACCUAUAACCAAACUAACUAAAAAUUUUCAUGACCUUUCUAAAAAUGAAAGAGAUGUGUAUGUAACACUUGUUUAUGCGCUUUGUAACACUCCCUCUGUGAAUCAAAAACACAUCAAUUGGAAAAAUUGGACAAAAUUAAAAGUCGAAUGUCAGAGUAAAGACACAGACGAAAGCAAUCCACAACAAGAAUGUAAAGACAUAAACAACCUACAACAGGAAAGUCAGGAUAAAGACAACAUCAACAAUCCACAACAGGAGAGUAUAGAUAAAGACAACAGCCAUCAACAACAGGAAAGUAGUGAUAAAGACAACAUCGACCCACAACAGGAGAGUACUGAUAGGGGAUUGACUGGCGAAUACGGCCAAUUAGAGGAAACCAAACACCCUUCUAAGGAUUCUAAUGCUAUUUACAAAAAACUCUGACUGUAUUGCAAUGAAUUCAUCCUUAACAAAAUAUCUAGAGAAAACUGAAAAUCGUGAUGUUUUUAGAUUCCGGCACCAUUUUCUAGCGCGUCUUCUUUUGCGUUAUCACCUGGAAAAGGUAGGAAGUAAAGGAAUAAUAGAGGUGGGCAACGAGGAAAUUAAGUCAGUUGUCAAGAAAUUACAGUCUUCACUUAGUAAACUGAAACCUGAUCAACUUGGUGCAUCCUUAUUCUCUACUUUUUU